AUGGCUCUGCCUUUGCGAGCUGCAGGGCGGGUCAUUCCCGCGGCCACGCUUGUGAGCAGCAAUCUGCACUGUCUACCAUCACAACUGCUCGUGGCAGAGCUGUUCUUCGAUGUGCCGCUCAACUACCGGGACCCGGACGGCGAGAAGAUCCGGUUGUUUGGACGGGCGGCCUUUAAGCACGAGAAGCCGAUCGUGGCCAGUCAGCCGCCGUGGAGCACGGAGAUGCACGCAGGCAAUGGGCUACGCGACCUCCUCUUUGGCAAGCCGUGGCUGGCCUACCUGGAGGGUGGGCCAGGAGCGGGCAACCGGGAGCCGCAGGACUACCCGAUCACGCGGCUUCUGCUCGGUCGCGGGUAUCAGCUGCUCUUCCUGGACUACCGCGGCACGGGAAUGAGCACGCCGGUGAGUGCGGCGACGCUGCAGCAACGCGGAUCCGCGACCGCCCAGGCCGAGUAUCUGCGACAGUUCCGGGCCGACAACAUCGUGCGUGACCUCGAGGCAGUGCGGCGCUGUCUGACAGCUGACCAGCCGACGACACGGCGCAGCUGGUCCAUCAUGGGGCAGUCGUUUGGCGGCUUUGUCAGCCUCACGUACCUAUCCAAUCACCCAGACAGCCUGCGCGAAGUCUUUUUGACAGGCGGCCUGGCGCCCGUGGGCCACACGGCCGACGAGGUGUACCGGGCGACGUACCGCAAGGCGCUGGAGCGCAACCAGGCCUACUUCCGCAAGUUUCCUGAGGACUCGCAGGCGCUUCGCAUCAUUGGCAACUUUCUCAACAAGCAGCCCGACGGCGGUCUGCCCCUGCCGGCUGGCGGCCUGCUGACCUUCCACCGUGUGCUCACCUUUGGCUAUGCCUUUGGCUUCCACGGCGGCCUCGAUAACACCCAUGCCAUCCUGCUGCGCAUGCGCACCGACAUCGACCGUCUCGGCAUACUGUCGCGGCCCACGCUGACCGCCGUCGAGCAGUUCUUCCCCCUUGACAGCAUGCCGAUCUACGGCAUUCUGCACGAGCCCAUCUACUGCUACGACAAGGGCAUCGCUUCGCGCUGGGCUGCACAGCGCGUCGCUGCCGAGUUCGAACAGUUCCAGUGGCUGGAACAGUCCGUCAUCUCGCCCGUCGCCGAGGGCCAGCCCCACCACUACUUUUCCGGCGAGAUGAUCUAUCCCUUCAUGUUCGACACCUAUCCAGAGCUCAUGCAGAUAAAGGAGGCGGCCAACAUCCUUGCUGAGUACGACGACUGGGAGCCCCUGUACGACGAGAAGCAACUAGCCGAAAACCGCGUGCCCGUUUACGCAGCCAGCUAUAUCAACGACCUGUACGUAGACUAUGAGCUGGCGCGGGAGACAGCCAGAAAGGUGGGAAACAUCAAAGUGUUUGAGACCAACACCCUGUACCACAAUGCCAUCCGGUCGCGGCCUGACGAGGUCAUGGCACAAUUGUUUCGCCUGCGCGACGAUAGCAUCGACUGA